UUAUAUUAGUGUUUUAAUAUUUUCAAUAUGUGUGAUCCGGAGACAAAGUGUUUCAUGAUACAGUGGGAAAUUGUCCUCAUCGAAUGGGUCAAUUGUUUAGGCAUUGCAAAACAUGUGGAAACUGUUAGAGAUUUGGAGAAUGGAGAAUUUUUCAUCAACAUUUUUCGACUACUCUCUAAAACAACGAUAACCAACUUUUUACCUGAAUUUCAAUCUUUCUUAAAAAUGCAGUACCCAAAUGUAAAUAUUCAAAAUCACCCAAAAUUAUCAGAUUGUGAUAUAACAGUAUUAGCUUCCCUUCUUAUGCACUAUGCUUGUGUAUAUGAUAGACGAGAAACUUUAACUGCACCCCUUUGUUCAAACCUUACAGAAGACACUCAGCUGUCAAUAAAAAGUUUUCUGGAAGGUAUAAGUACUCAUUCAAAUGAGGAGGAUCUGAAGAAAAUCAUGAAAAUUGCUGUUAAAAAUAAGGAAAGUUCUGUAAGCUGCAGAACACCUCGCCUAUUUACUUGCCAUUCUGGUGGAGAUUCACCAGCUCUAGGAAGUCCCUUACAUGAUUUCUUGAGAACACCAGCAUACAAAAGCGGCCGCUUACAAGAAAAAGAUAGAGAGAUCAAGAAGUUACGCAUGGAACUUCAAACAGAAAAGUAUGAGAAAGAAGAUAUGAUAAUGGAAGUGAACGAAUACAAAGGAAAAUUGAAAAAGAUCUCUCAACAGCUGAACGAUAAGUCAGUAACAAUAUCAAAACUACACUCAGAAUUGAUUGAGAUUGACAGCAGAGAUCCACCACACAAAUCGAGGGAGUUGAUGGAAAUAGAAAAAUUGCUGAAGGCUGAAUUGCAGGAUUCACAAGCUUAUAUACAGCAGCUUCAAAGUGAGCAAGAAGAUUUACAAAAUAAGAAAGAAGAACUGCUUAAAAAGUUACAAAAAAGCGAAGAGGAAAGUUGUCUUUGGCAAGAACGAGCUCUAAUGUUAGAGAGUAAAUGUGAUAGUUUGAAUGAUAAAAGCAAAGCCCAAGAUUUCGAAUUGAAUAGUUUGCGCAUUAACUGCAACGAAUUAAAUGCUUUACUUGAAGAAAUGAAGUCCUUAAAAAGGACUGAUACUAGUGCAUAUUUAGAUGUAUCAGCUGAAGCUUUUAAAUCGCCUAAAAAUGAAAGCCAUUAUGAAGAUUUGGCGUGCAGCGUGGUUGAAGUACAAUUGUUAGAAGUUAGACAAGAAAACGAUACCUUACUAAGUACUCUUAUGGAAUCCGAGAGGCGAAGUAAACUAUUGGAACAAGAACUUAGUAAGGUUACUGAAGACUUUGCAAAAUUGAAUGAUAAUUUCGCCGAUUUACAAAAAUCUAAUAACGAUUUGGAAUCCAAAGUGUUGAUCCUUACAGAGACUCAAAAACAUUUAGAACUUGGUAAUCAAGGAUUGUUAGUGCAAGUUGCUGGAUUAACUGAGAACAACGAGAUGAAACAACAAGACUUGGAUCUGAUGCAAAAUAGUUUAUUCGAUACUAAAUCGGCGUUGGAGAAUAGUGACCUUUUAGUUGCUAGCAUUCGAAACGAUUUGGUUACUUUACAAAAAUCUUACGAUCUUUUACAAGAUGACUUAACACUACGAAAUGACCAAUAUAAUUCAUUGAAAAUAGAAUCUGAUAAUUUACAAAAGAAAUACGAAGAAAUGUUAGAAAAUUAUAAGCAUAAACAGUUUGAGGCUGAAAGUUUCCAAAAGUUGUAUGAAGAAUUGGAUAAAAAAAUUGAAUUAAAUUUGAAGAACUUGGAGAUGAUAGUUGGCGUUGAAGAAAUUGAUUUUACUAAUCGUAUAGACGCAUUUGGAUUAUUAUUAAGUAAAUUAAAGGAUUCUAUUGAAACAAAGGAAAAUAAUUAUAAAAUAGAGAUUUGCAAAAGUCGAGAAUUGGUCAAAGGAUUAGAGGAGGAAGUGAAUCUGAUAAAAGAACGUGAAUGUAUAAGCACUCAAACGGUAAAUAAACUUUCUUUGGAAUUGAAUUUAGCAAAGCAACAAGCUCUGACAUUGGAUGUCACCAUUGAAGAUCAAACCAAAAAAAUCGAAGAAUUGAAUAAUGUUAUUGGAGAUUUGAAAGUUAAUAUUUUAGAUCUAGAAGGGCUGCAGAUGGUUAUUACGAGAAAGUGUGAAGAACUUGAAGUACACAACGGUGAACUUAAGAACAAAUAUGAAGUAAAAGAGGAAGAACUUAAACAGAAAAUGUGCGAAGAGGAGAAGUUUAAAAAGUUAAUAGAAGAAUUGGAUUGUGUUCGAAGUAAAUUGAGUAAAGAAGUUAAUGAAUAUAAAGAAGAAAUUAUGUUGAAGAACAACGAAUUCCAACAAAAAGAAAUUGAUAAUGAAGCUGUAUUAUUGAAAAUUGGAGAAGAAGCUAAAUUGAUGAAAGAUGAAUACUUGGAAAAGAGUCAUGAACAAUUGCAGAAAAUUAACAAACUUAACGAUUCGAUUGAAAAUUACGAGAAACGUAUUGAAGUUUUGCAGGCCGACUUAAACAUAUCCGAAGAUCAAUGUAAACAAAAGGAAUUACAGCUCGAGGAUGUGUCUAAGUUAAAAUCGCAAAUUGAAACUGAGUUUAUUAAACAGAGUGAGGACCUACGAAAGAAAAUUGACCUUCUGGAGUCGACACUGGGAAAUCUAACGGUGGACUAUGAGAAAUGUAUCAACGAAAGGAAGUGUCUGUCCAGUCAAAAGGAUGAAUUGCAAGAACAACUCGCAGAUUUGAAUGAAGAGAAGAGAAAUUACAUGAAAAGAUGCGAUGCACUCAAGAAUGAAAUUAUGGACUUGGCUGAUAAAUUAGCUAUGAAAGAACAGCAAUGUUUAGACAAGGAUGAUGUGAUUUCGAAAGCUAACAAAGAAUUAUUGGCUCUGAAGUUGCAAUUAGAAAAUAAACACGAAGAUAUCAAAUACUUGAAGGACAAAACGGAAAAUUUGCACUCUGAAAAAGCAGAAAUAAAACUUCAAUUAGAUGGUGUGGUUAACGAGAACUCAAAUUUGAAGACAAAAUUGAACAAUCUCAUAGUGGAAAUUGAUAUUUUGGAAAAACUAACAAGCGCCACCAAAAAUAAAAAUACCGAGCUUGAAAGCAACGUUUCGGAUAUGUUUAAUCAAUUAGCAAAUAAAAAUAAAAAAUUAGCCGAAAGCGUUGAACAACUACAGAAAGUAAAGGAAGAAACGAAAUUGGAAAUAGAGAAAUUGCGUCAAGAUUUAGAAGAAUCUAAUCGUCAAUUAGAGGAAGCUAACGAAGAACGUUUUACGAUUACAGCUGGAAAUGAGUCUAAAAUUCGCAAGUUGAAUGAUCAGAUGGUGAAUCAAAAUUUGGAAUUGGAUGAAUUGAAAAGGCAAAAAAUUAGUAACUUGCAGGAGAUUGAAAUGCUUCGAGAGGAAUUGAGCUUCAAUAUGAGCAAAUGUACAGAAGCCUUGCAAUGUGAAAAGGAUUUGAAGAUCGAAAAUGAGUUGCAUAUGAAUUCGCUUUCCGAAAAUUUGCAUAAUCUGGUUACGAAAUACAAUAUUUUAGAUGCUAAACACGCUGGAAUCGUGGAUGAAUUGAACGACACUAAGCAGUGUCUUCGAGUGGUUGAAGAUGAAAAACAAAAAUUGGAAAUUGAAAUGGUUAGAACCAAAAAGCAAUACGACGAAGAUUGUUUGGCUGCUGCAGAAGAUUAUAAGAAGCAAUUAGAUGAUCUUGUGGAAGCUGAAGAAAAAUAUCAAGCGGAAAUUGACGAUUUGAAAGGAUACAAAGUUGAAGUAGGAAAGGUUAAGGAAAAAUUAAAUGAAGUUAUAGAAGAGCGAACUGAUCUGCUUAUGAAAAUCGAAGGUCUGAUUAAAAGCAACAAAGAUUUUGAAGAUAAUUACAAUGACCUGAAUAUUGAGCAUGAAAAUUACCUCAAGGAGAGUGCUUCAAAUCUAGAGAGAUUGCGAAGUGAACUGAAUUGUUCAGUAAAUGAAUUGAAACAAGUAAAAGAAGAUCAUCAAGCUGAGAUUGUUGAAUUAGAAACGUCUCUCAGGCAACGAGUAUCAGAUUUGGCCGAUAGAAAAUUGCAGUUUGCUGAUGAUAUCAAAGAAAGAGAUAAUGAAAUUUACAAUUUGCGCAAUAAACUUGCAGAGUUUGAAGAGACUUUGAUUAAGUUGCGAUUUGAGCAAUCCAGUUUGAAGAAUCAAUUGGAAACAACUGAAGAUACGAAGACUAAAUUCUCCCAACUGCAGUGCGCGUACGACAUUUUGGAAACUGGAAAAAUUAAGUUUGAAGAACGCUAUGAAGACUUGUUGUACAAAUACAAUCAUUUGGUGGACGAGAAACAAGAACGCGAUGACAGAUAUAGACAGGAAAUUUCAACGUGCGAAAUUCAAAUUAAAGAAUUGCAGAAUGAAUUGUGCGAUAAGGUGGCUACGAUCGGUGUUAAAGAACUGAAGAUUCAAGAGUAUACUGAAGAGAUAGAAACUAUAAAAAACAUUGUUAGUAACAUGGAUUUCGAGAAAAAAGAAAUUAUUAAAGAAUUUGAAAGUCGUUUGGAAGUGAUCGAGGAAGACAGUAAUAGAAAGUUAGUGGAGAAGGUAUCCGCUUUCAAACAUGUCAAAGGUAAAUAUCUUCAGAUUCAGCAGGAGAUGAUUACUCUUCAAGCCGAUUAUGAACAUUUGAAAGAAGAUUUGGUAUCAUCGGCGCAGGAAAAGCAGGAUAUUGAGAGGACUAUCAGAGAAAAAGAGGAUGAGUUAUGCGCAAUGAGAAACAAGUACGAAUCUUUGAAUAGUUGCUUAUCCGACCACGAAUCUGCUUUGGUCAAUUUGCAGGACGAGCUGCAGAAGAAAAUGUCCAAUCUUGAAGAGAUUUCAGCAGAGAAAAAAGCACUUCAAAAUAAACUAAGUCAAACUGCCAAAGAGUUGGAGGAUGUGCAGAGAUCGCGCGAAGAGAUCUUCGAGAAUCAUUCAAAAUUAAUCGAAGAUACGGAAAUGAAUUUGUUACGUGCACACGAUAAUGCGGUCGACGUUAAAAAUGAUUUGAUGUCUCGAAUUUCACAUUUGGAAUACGAAAUUGAAGCUAAGAAAGAGGUCGAGUCUCUUUUAGAGCAAGAGCAAAAGGCCAAGAAAUUCUUUGAACUUCAACUUUUGGAAGUUACUGAUGACAGGCAUAAACAUCAAUUGACUAAUAAAAAGUUGAAAGAAAUUAUAAAUCGGUUAAUAUUUGCUAUUCGUGAAACUCCAGUGGAAGAUGAUAUCGAGGAUAGCGAGCAUUUAGAUCAGCUAAUUGUCGAAGUUGAAGACAAAUUGAUUCGUAUCUUUGCCAACAUGCGUGAGUUAGAUAUAGUCAUAGAAACUUUGCAGCGCGAUAAGUUGGAAGUUACUAACAAACUUUUCAGUUUGGAGAAAGUUAACGAAAGUUUGGAAGAGGAAAAAACGAAGUUAAUUCAAAAUUAUGAGCGGUUGCAUUUGGAGAAGACGGGUCUGGCAAUUGAAAAGGACAAGGAAAGUAAGUGUUUGGAAAACGUGAAUGUUCAAUAUGAAUUGCUAAAAAAGAAAUGUGAAAGCGAUAAUAGUGAAGAGCUUACUGCUAAAUUGCAAGAAUUAAAAGCAUCAAAUGAUAAAACUUAUUCCGAUUACAUGGAGUUCGUUGGACAACUGAAAUUGGUGAAAAAGGAUAUAGAUUCUAUGAUUUCUCAAAGGAAUUCUUUGGAAUCUGCCGUCACAGCCUUGAAGGAAUGUAACAUCGCGGUACAAAUUCGAUCAUCGUUUUUAACAGAAGAGUCCCACAAAAAUCAUUACGAGCAAAGGGUAGCUCUAGAGACCAUCAUCGAGGACAUUCAGAAGCAAUUUAGUAGAUAUACGAAAAUGGCUUACAACAUUUCAUUGAACACUUGCCAAAUCUUUGAAAAAACGGUUAACGGAAUUCUGAGCAAUAAACCAAUCAAGUGGAAAAUUAUGUUCAAAGAUCUCGAUAUCACAGAAAUUCUGGAGAAACUUGAUGAUUUAAAGCAUAAUGUUACUAAUACAAUGGAAGAAUUAAAAAUAUUUGAAAAGAAUGUUGAGAAAAUUGAUUGUAAAGUGAGUAACCAACGCACACUGAAAGAGAAUGUCCCACAUCAAUCGAAAGUGACGAGGGAAGAUGAUUGGAGAAGGAAGUAUUUGGCGUUGAAGCAGCGCAUGACGUUAGUGGAGAAUACAAAGAACAAUUUCGAGAAGAGAAAUCGACAGUUAAAAGAUGAAAAUAAAAAGCUUUUGCAGCAAACACCACAAGAGGUUGCUACCAACAACGAUAAGCAAUAUAAAGCUUUACUGCAACAGCAUUUGGAGAGUAAAGAAGAGCAAGCUAAGAUCCUUAAGGAUCAUGAAAGCAAGUACCUAAUGGUAUGUCAGGAAUUUGAAGAGUACAGGAUGAGUGAUCAUAACCACAUUAUUGAAAGGAACGAGGAUAUGCGAAAGGAGUUGGAUUCCAUUCGGUCAGCUUACACGCAUGUACUAAAUGACAAAUCUCAGGAUGAACGCGAAAUUUCCACUCUCAGAAAAAUGUUGGACGACAGGAAUUCCGAACUUGCUGAUCUUCAUUCCAUAAAGGAAGCUUACCAAAAGCUCUUCGAAGAAAACAAUAAGUUGUUGUCUGAAAUCGAUACGGUGAAAUAUAAGAGGAAUCGUGAUCGCGAAGAGUAUGUAAGGUUACUUAAAAAAGAGUCAAGUAGUGAUGUGUCAAAGCGAAUCCAAGAGGUGCGCGAGGAAUAUGAAGUGAAACUGGAGAAAAUGAAGAACAAAGUCAUAGAAAUGUACAAGCAGGAGUCCGACAAGCAGUUGGAGAAGGCUCAGGAAGAAAAACAAAACAAUGUGGCGUUGGCUCAAACCGUUGAGAAAUUACGUAGUGAAUUGAAGAUGUACGAAUUUCAAUUACGUAGUGUAGAGUCCGAGAAAACCGUGGCUUUGAAGCAAUUGUCCGUGUACCAAAAAUUAGAGACCGGUGACAGGUUCACCGGCUCCAAAGAGUCAUUCUACAUUAACUCUUCCAGGGAGAGUCUACCGGCUAUUGGAAAAUCUUACGACUCUCGUAUGUCUGGUAAACGGGCGAGCACACAAAGUUUGGGCAGAGACAUUGUUCGUGCAGUAGAUGAUCGCAGUGGAAGAUGCGCAACUUUACCAAGGAACGUCAACUCUAUGGAUAUCAUUGAGGAAGUCCACAUCUCCAGGAGAACUAGUAUUAACGCCGUAGCACCAGCGCCUAUCGACAUGGAAGACGAGUGCGAUUUAUUCAACAACAAGUUCCUUUUGGAUCUGAAAGAGGGCAAAUGUAAUUUAGCCAGUGGCCGAGAUUCUACAUCAAGCAGGAUGUCGGAGUUGGCUUACAGGAAUUCCUUGUGUCCUCCUCAUCUGAAGUCUUCAUAUCCCGCGGAAACACAAUUCCUAAAUCCACAAAGAUAUAGAGACGACGAUCUUAAGACCGGACAAUUAGAUUUAGAUGACAGCAUGAGUACGAAACUAUUGCCAAUUGAUAAACCUAAGAAAAAAGACGCCGGUACCACCACCUAUAAGAAACCAGGACCACCCACGCCAAGUAAACACGGGGGUAGGUUAUCUCUGCAGGGCAGUGAACAACACCCCAGAGACGUGCUUAGGGAUAGUAACGCUGAUAAAACGCCGAAGAGAACGACACCCAACAAGUUGAUGUCGCUUUUCUCGCGGAGCAGUCUAAAGGAAUCCUCAGAGAAUGCCGUGCCAGUUACGCCAAAAGGAGGCAAGAAACGAUUUUCCGUUAAAAAGUAUUUUUAAGUUAUUUGAUCGUUUUAUUAUUGUUCGU